AUGAAUGCCCUCUCACUACAUCCCAGCUCGAGACUCGCGGCAUCGUACAGCAUGGCCCUGCUCAAGCAGGUUCCGGAUAUUCUACUCCCGGCGGAAACCACCUCCUUCCCAGGUGACCGCGUCAAUCCGAUUAGGCACAUGAUCCGCAAGAGCUUCCGUCGCAACAGCCACGACACCAGCCCGCGUCUCGUCGUCUCGUCCCUGUCAAAUGGCUACAAAUUCCUCCACCUCCUCGACGCCGCCAAGACGACCGGCAGCCCAGAACACAAGACCGUCGUCGACCUGAUCCAGCGGAACACCUCGCGCCGCAAACCGCCGACCCCACACCCGGAGCCCACGCCGGAGCCCCCGACCAAACACCUCCUAACCCGGCACCCGAACCCCAAAUACGACCCGGACGAGUGGUUCGCGACCACCAAGCAGCCUCGCUUUUUCUACAGCCCGGCGGAGCGGCCCCGCUCGGCCAAGGAGCUCGGCGGCUCCGGCAUCCGGCGCGUCCCCCAUGUCGCCACCACGGCUUGUGACUACCCCUUCCUGCGUACGAAGAAGCCCCAGCCCAUGAGCCUCGGCGUGUCGCUCUGGCGCCGGAGCCAGCAGAAACAGCGUUGGAGGACCCUUUGUAUAGAGUUUGAGGGUGACGCCGCGCGGCUGGCACGGCUCGAGGACGAGUGGGAAGAUCUCGUGGCCGGUGGCCCCGGUCUCGGUGCUGCCGCCGACGGCGGGGCGACGUUUGCCAAGUCCAUUGCUGAGUCGCUCCUCUUUUUGAACCGUGUCGAGAUCUUGGACAAUAUGGACAAGAUGUAUAGGGCGGCGGCCCUAAACGAGAUUGAGGACAGGGAGAGGGAGCUCGCUAAAAAGGAAGCGGCUGCUAGAGAAAAGGCUGCUAGAGGUGAGAGCAAGGCUGGAGGUGUCAGGGGGAACAUGCGUUUCACUCCAGGAGAAAAAAAGAAAGACUGGUCGUCUGGCUCAGCAUCAGUGAGACGGGUUUUAUGCCAGGAGCUGGACCGACGCACGGUCCCAAGGUACCGGUGA